GUGGGGAGCUCAAUAGAAGAAGAAGGAGGAGGAAAACUUUUCACAGUUGUUUUUACAACUAUUACGACGAUAAAAGAAAGGUUAACUAGUUAAAAGGUGUCUGGGUCCCCGACAAAAGAAGAAGACAGCACGGAGAGGUCGGAAUGACCUGUAGCACUGAGAGGUUGUGGCGGCCUCAUCAGUAGCUGUCACCACGGCGGGGGACAUUCGGACCUCCGUCUGCAGGGUGGUCAUCUACCUCCAAAAGGACAUGUCCGGAGACAGCUGCCUGUCCCAUCAUCACACCCAGUCUGACUCCACCUCCUCAGCCUCUCCUCUGACCUGUCCCAAGACCAAGACCUGCAGUUAUCGAGGGGCGGUUGGCCUGGGCAACAAGUAUGUUCGACUUAAUGUCGGUGGGACCCUGUUUUACACCACACUGCAAAUAUUGACCAGGCAGAACUCCAUGCUAAAGGCCAUGUUCAGUGGAAGGAAGGAAGUGUUCACUGAUAAAGAAGGUUGGAUCCUGAUUGACCGCAGUGGGAAACACUUUGGCUCCAUCCUGUGCUACCUACGUGACGGCACAGUCACUUUACCUAAAGGCCGUCAGGCUGUCCAGGAGCUGCUGGCUGAGGCAAAGUAUUACCUCAUCCAGGGCCUGGUGGAGCUUUGCCAAAACACCCUGCAGGGCAAUAAAGAGCAUCCCCUGUGUGUUAUACCUGUGGUCACUUCCAGUAAGGAAGAGGAGAGGCUCAUACAGUCUUCCAGCAAGCCUGUAGUGAAGCUAGUGUACAACAGAAGCAAUAACAAGUACUCCUACACCAGUACCUCAGACGACAACCUUCUGAAGAACAUCGAGCUGUUCGACAGGCUGUCUCUCAGCUUCAACGGCCGCGUCCUCUUCAUCAAAGAUGUCAUUGGAGACGAGAUCUGCUGCUGGUCCUUUUACGGUCAGGGCCGCAAAUUGGCGGAGGUGUGCUGCACGUCCAUCGUCUACGCCACAGAGAAGAAACAGACCAAGGUGGAAUUUCCUGAAGCACGCAUCUAUGAGGAGACCCUGAACACCUUGCUGUACGAGACGAUGCCGCUGCCCGACAACUCCCUGCUGGAGGCCACCCGUCGAAGCUACAACAACUGCGGCUCUCACAGUGAGGAGGAGGAGGGGCCUGGGGGAGCCGAGCUCCGCGAGCGCGUCCGUCGAAUCCACGUCAAGAGGUACAGCACGUACGACGACCGGCCGCUGGGACAUUGAGACUGAAAACCCCCCAAAAAUCGCUGGACUGAUUUUUAGCUUUUCACCUUUGACGAUAAACAUUCAGACAUUAAGUACGUUGAUGCUCAUAUACUUUGAAAUGUUUAUUAUCUUAAUGCCUCUACCACUAUCUAUAAGAAGUCCCAAUUAUGACUUUUACUCUAGAUAGUUGUGGUGUUGUCUGCUCUGUCCAUCAUAAUUUAAGAAUUAUUAUCAGAGAAUUCAGAACAGCUACUUCAGAUAUCUAGAGAACUGUAGGUUUGUUUUUUUAAAUUCAAUUUAGAUUAGUAGUGGAAGACAAAAUCAAUAAUAUGCAUUAUUUCUUAGACGGAAUAUUGUUCCAAUCAUAACACUUACACUCUGAAUCAGCAGAUUGUGUUUUUCAUAUAUGCAUUUAUAACAUUUACAAAAAGAGCCUUUUGUUUGCCAAAGAUGAACCUGUUUUCAUUUGACCAGAACUGCCUCUAACAUGUUCUAAUGCAGUUUAUCAUAGUGCCUUUUUUUCCACCUGUGAAGAUAAAGGUUUUUCUUAUUCAA